AUGCCUGACGAGUCAGGCGUGACCAGGGCUGCGAGUUAUUCCACCGAGGAGGCGCUCUUGUUGCACGGCGUAUUUGCCCUGGCUGCGCGCUACUCUAACCAUCCUUAUCUUUGCAACCUCUCAACGUGGGAAUGCGGUGCACAGUUUGCAGCCAGUGCUGUUCAAUGUUACAAACGCCUACGAGCUGAAGAGGCCGAUCCGAGCUUGCUGUAUCUCCAAGGCUGUAUCCUACUCGCUUACUACCAAUACACUUCUGGUCCCAGUCACACAGCGUGGAUUCUCAAUGGCGUCUGCGUUCGGCUCGCGUACGAUCUUGACCUCUGCAACAUGGAUGAGUGCCAUGAUGCCUCCCAGACUGCGUCGGCAGAGUGGGCCGACCUUGAGGAACGACGACGAGCAUUCUGGAUUGUCUGGGAGCUGGACACAUUUGGAUCAACCAUGGCGAGGCGGCCAAGUGCCAUAAAUCGAAACAGAAUGGCAGUGCGCCUCCCUGUCAACGACGAGGCCUGGUUUGCUGAGCAGCCUGUUGACUCCCCGAUACUCGACUCGAGGCCAGGGGAGGCUUGGAAGAUCCUCUUCGACUCGCCCAACCAAGACGAGCGCGCAUGGUUCCUUUUGGCAAACUUCCUCAUGGCCAUAUGCUACGACACCUAUUCUAGCCGGCAUGCCUAUCCGCAGGAGCAAAAGGAACUCGCCGACUCGGUUACGUGCCUGAAUCUCGCCAUAACGCAACGCUUCGGUCUGGAAAUCCACCCCAUUCUAUUCAACUCUGAGAAAUUCGCCAAAUCUAACUGGAUCAUCGGCAUGCAUUUAAUGCUCAUCACUUGCCGCAACUUCGUUUCUAUGAUGCAGGAAUCCAGCGCCGUGGUCAAUAUACGUGAGCUUUCCCGUGUCGUACUGCACUGGCAUCCUGAGUAUGUUUCCCUGAGCCAUCCUUUUCUUGCAUGUGCCUUGCUUCCAGCCUCGACGCAACAACCUGCUCAAGAAUCAAAUCAGCUGCCUAGUGAGAACUGGGACGCUCAUCGAGAUCUGAUUCAACUGAUAUUGACACGGUUUGCUUCUGUUUGGAAGCUGGGGUCGAUAUUAAUAGGUGAGAGCCCCCCUCCCCUACUCCCCAGCAUUCCCAGCAAGUAUCAUCAGCUGAAACAGGCCUAG